CGUAAUCUUCUGGGGUCUGCACUUAGACGUUUACCUUUCAAAUCAUCACUUUUUCUGUUAGUCCAGUGUCAUCAUGAAAACACUUGUCGUUCUUUUGUUGUUUGUUGGUGUUGCCUUUGCUGCUACCUCUUUGUCAAAACAAUUGGCCAAUGCUGACAUCGAUACAGUGCUUCAAAAUCAACGUCUUCUCAGUCGUUACAUUCAAUGUUUACUUGAUUCAGUACCUUGCACUGCUGAAGGUCGAGAAUUAAAAAAAACUCUUCCUAAUGCUCUGAAAUCUGGAUGCAGUCAAUGUGAUGCAAAAACAAAGGAAACAGUGGAGAAAGUAAUCAAUCAUUUGAAGUCCAAACGAGCUAACGAUUGGGAAAAACUUCUUGCUAAAUAUGACCCCAAAGGAGAAUACAAAAAACGUUUUGAAGCUACGACUUCAGAGAGAAGAGUUUAGAAAUACGUAAUAUUAAGUUUGAUUAUCUUAUUGGUAUCAAAUUGGCAUUUAAAAUUUUUUUUUAUAUGAUGCAAAAUUUUCAUGGUCAACUCAGUCUACAAUUAAAAUACCUGAUGGACACAAUAGUUUUAUGUAUUGUUAAUCAUGAUGUUUUAAAAGUUUUGUUUGAUAUUACUGUCUUUGAGAUCAUUCAGCGCGACGUUUUUUCACUAGAGAGCCAAGCUGAAAUUAAAAAGAAAACAAUUAAUAAUGUUAUUCCUAAUGUUAAGUUUAAUUAUAAAGUAUUAUGUAUUAUAAGUGAUUAAAAUAAAACAUACAAGAUCUGA